UUUUAUAACCCGCACUGUUAGCGCCGGUCUCCCCCUCAGCCCCGCUCCGUCUCGCGAUGUUCCCGCCCCGCGGGACUUGGCCGCGCCGCCUGCAGUCAGCGCGCUGCAGCCAGUAGGAUUCGGUCAGCGGGAGGGAGCGGAGCUUGGGGCUGUACGGAGAGACGGACGAAGGGCAGAAAACUCACUCAAAAGCACGUUAAAACGACACAGACCCGCCGAAUAACACACCCAGAGACAGAGCAGAGCCCCGGGCUGAAGGAAGGGAGUCGCCACGGGUUAGUUUGCGGGUGUUCUACAGAGUGUUUCUCCGUGUUUUUCCCCCCCGUGUUUGUCAGGAGGGAGGAGGUGAAUCGUACCGCCGCCAUCUUUGGGACUGACUGCUGGAAGGGAGAGAGAGAGAGCGAGCCUGACCCGAGUGGGCUGUCGGGGAGGAGUUUACACACAUUAAACAUCAAUAACGCCUCGCUUUACCAACAAUAACACACAAUAAUCACGUUUGGCGUUAAUAAAAACCGCGUUUCGGUUCCCGUCUCUUCCCUUGUAUCGUUCAGUUUUGCCUGGAUACCGGGGUAACUUUUCUUCCCUUUAACCCUGGCCUCUGGGACGGGUGCCCAUGCUGAAGAGGCCUCGCUCCUGCAGAUGAGCCAGCGGUUGGGGUGGCAGCGCAGUCGCACACCCAGAUAGCUGUGCUCUGCCAGGCAGGGAGGAGGGAGGAUGCCGUCCACCAGCCGAGCAGGGAGCCUCAAGGACCCCGAUAUCUCAGAGCUAUUCUUCAAGGAGGAUCCCGAGAAACUCUUCACAGACCUGCGGGAGAUCGGCCAUGGCAGCUUCGGGGCCGUCUACUUUGCACGCGACGUGCGCACUACGGAGGUGGUGGCUAUCAAGAAGAUGUCCUACAGUGGCAAGCAGUCCAAUGAGAAAUGGCAAGACAUAAUCAAAGAAGUGAAGUUUCUGCAGAGGAUACAACACCCCAACAGUAUAGAAUACAAAGGCUGCUAUCUGCGGGAACACACGGCAUGGCUUGUGAUGGAGUACUGUUUGGGGUCCGCUUCAGACCUGCUGGAGGCAACUUCAAUAGCACUGAAUGCCCGAAACGGGAGCCAAACAGUUCACAAAAAACCUCUGCAGGAAGUGGAAAUAGCAGCCAUAACCCAUGGUGCUUUGCAGGGAUUAGCCUACCUUCAUUCCCACAACAUGAUUCACAGAGAUAUCAAGGCCGGGAACAUCCUGCUGACGGAGCCUGGUCAGGUGAAGCUUGCUGACUUCGGCUCCGCCUCCAUCGCCUCUCCUGCCAAUUCCUUCGUGGGGACUCCAUAUUGGAUGGCCCCAGAGGUGAUUCUUGCCAUGGAUGAAGGGCAGUAUGAUGGGAAGGUGGAUGUCUGGUCUCUUGGAAUUACAUGCAUUGAAUUAGCGGAGAGGAAGCCCCCCUUGUUUAAUAUGAAUGCAAUGAGUGCCUUAUAUCACAUAGCUCAGAAUGAGUCUCCAACACUGCAGUCCAAUGAAUGGUCAGAAUAUUUUCGAAACUUUGUCGACUCCUGCCUUCAGAAAAUUCCCCAGGACAGACCCAACUCUGAGGAGCUCCUGAAGCAUGCCUUUGUCCAGCGGGAGCGUCCGGAGACGGUGCUGAUCGACCUGAUCCUGCGCACCAAGGACGCAGUGCGGGAGCUGGACAACCUGCAGUACCGCAAGAUGAAGAAGAUCCUGUUCCAGGAGGCACACAACGGGCCGGCCGCAGAGGCCCCCGACGAGGAGGAGGAGCCUGAGCACAGUGUGGGGCGGACAGGCACAGUGAACAGCGUGGGCAGCAACCAGUCCAUCCCCAGCAUGUCCAUCAGUGCCAGCAGCCAGAGCAGCAGCGUCAACAGCCUGCCCGACGCCUCGGACGACAAGAGCGAGCUGGACAUGAUGGAGGGAGACCACACUGUGAUGUCCAACAGCUCUGUCAUACACCUCAGACCGGAUGAAGAGUGCUACAGGGAUGAUCCAGACCCCCAAGGCAGGCCGUCUGAACCACAGUCUCCCCCGCCUCAGACCCCACGGCACAAAUCACACUACCGCAACAGAGAGCACUUUGCAACCAUCCGCACAGCCUCAUUGGUGACUCGUCAGAUCCAGGAGCACGAACAGGACUCUGAGCUGAGGGAGCAAAUGUCCGGGUACAAGCGCAUGCGCCGGCAGCACCAGAAGCACCUGAUGGCCUUGGAGAACAAGCUGAAGGCAGAGAUGGACGAGCACCGGCUGAGGCUGGACAAGGAGCUGGAGACGCAGCGCAACAACUUCGCUGCUGAGAUGGAGAAGCUCGUCAAGAAGCACCAGGCUGCCAUGGAGAAAGAUGCGAAGACGUUUGCAAACGAUGAGAAGAAAUUCCAGCAGCACAUCCAGGCCCAACAGAAGAAAGAACUCAACAGCUUCCUGGAAUCCCAGAAACGAGAGUACAAACUGCGCAAAGAGCAGCUGAAAGAGGAGCUGAACGAGAACCAGAGCACCCCUAAGAAAGAGAAGCAGGAGUGGCUUUCCAAGCAGAAGGAGAACUUCCAGCACUUCCAGGCUGAGGAGGAGGCCAACCUGCUGCGGCGGCAGAGACAGUACCUGGAGCUGGAGUGCCGGCGCUUCAAGAGGCGCAUCCUCAUCGCACGACACAACGUGGAGCAGGACCUCGUCAGGGAGGAGCUGAACAAGCGUCAGACGCAGAAGGACCUUGAGCACGCCAUGCUGUUGCGGCACCACGAGUCCAUGCAGGAGCUGGAGUUCCGGCACCUCAACACCAUCCAGAAGAUGCGCUGCGAGCUGAUCCGCCUGCAGCACCAGACCGAGCUCACCAACCAGCUGGAGUACAACAAGCGACGCGAGAGGGAGCUGCGCAGGAAGCACGUCAUGGAGGUGCGGCAGCAGCCCAAGAGCCUCAAGUCAAAGGAGCUGCAGAUUAAGAAGCAGUUCCAGGACACCUGCAAGAUCCAGACCCGGCAGUACAAGGCCCUGCGGAACCACCUGUUGGAGACAACUCCCAAGAGUGACCACAAGGCAGUGCUCAAGAGGCUGAAGGAGGAGCAGACGCGCAAACUGGCUAUACUGGCGGAGCAGUACGACCACAGCAUAAACGAGAUGCUCUCCACGCAGGCGCUGCGUCUGGACGAGGCUCAGGAGGCGGAAUGUCAGGUGCUGAAGAUGCAGUUGCAGCAGGAGCUGGAGCUGCUCAACGCCUACCAGAGCAAGAUCAAGAUGCAGACGGACGCCCAGCACGAUAGGGAGCGCAAGGAGCUGGAGCAGAGAGUGUCCCUGCGCCGAGCGCUGCUCGAGCAGAAGAUCGAGGAGGAGAUGAUGUCCCUCCAGAGCGAGCGCUCGGAGCGGAUCCGCAGCCUGCUGGAGCGCCAGGCGCGGGAGAUUGAAGCCUUCGACUCGGAGAGCAUGCGUCUGGGCUUCAGCAACAUGGUGCUGUCCAACCUGUCCCCCGAGGCCUUCAGCCACAGCUUCCCGGGGGCCACGAGCAGCUGGUCCCACCACCACCCCCACCACCCGGCCAGCUCCCAGGGGCCCCCCCACCACCACCACCAUCACCACCACCAUCACCCCAUGCAGGGGCCGGGGGGGCCCACGCAGGCCUGGGGACACUCCGUGCAGGGAGGAGGCCCCCAGCCCUGGGGACACCCCUCUUCAGGGCCCUUAGGUGCCGUGCCGAGGGGCGGGGGGGGCAUGGGUGUGCGGAACAGCCCUCAGGCGUUGCGGCGAACUGCCUCUGGGGGCCGCACUGAGCAGGGCAUGAGCAGGAGCACAAGCAUCACCUCACAAAUAUCCAACGGUUCGCACCUGUCCUACACGUAAAUUAUACGUAGAAGUGCAAAAUGUGUGUGUGUAAUUAUAUAUUAUACACACACACACAAAUACAGGGUGAUUAGAAAGUAAGUUUACCACAUCAAUGAUAUGGUGCGUUGAUGUGUUAAACUUACUUUCUAAUCACCCUGUGUGUGUAUAUAGUAUGUAUAUAUAUAUAUAUAUAUAUAUAUAUAUAUAUAUAUAUAUAUAUAUGUAUAUAUAUACACACACACACACACACACGUAUACACCAGCCGUGGUAGUAAGGGGCAUGGGGGCAGCGUAUGAGGGGUCGGGGUUAUGAUGGUGAAGUGGAAGAGGCUUGUGUCUCAUUCCCUCGCUUAUGAAGCCACAGGUGAUUGCGUAGCCAGCUUUGUCUGAGUUCACAGGUAGGUUAGGGCAGUGCCACUCCUGUUUUUAUUAUUAAAACCGUAUGGAAUCACUGGGGCCUCUAUCCAAUGCUGCUGUGAAAAUAUAAUUUUACUAAGAGUGGUGGUAGUUCUAUUAGUUUCAUUGCUGUUUAUUAAAUGGGUAUGCUGCAACAUUAGUGCUAAACAGCCAAGUGACUUCCGUAAUAAACCUUUCUUGUAUUGCACAGUAUGGCAAUAACAGGACUUCAUAAAAUACCUAAAUGGUGCUUGACCAAAAAAAACAAGCAUGAUACCCAUUACUGUUAGUGGAGUGAUUAUUUAUAAUCACUCCACUAACAAAAUCUACCAGUCAUUCUCAAACCAAGCCUUCCGCUUCCUUAGAGUUGAGUUUUUCUUUCUUUUUUUUUAAAUCUGUACAGUGCUCACAGAUCACAGAGUGAUCAUUGUAGCCACACUAGCUUCACCCCUUUAACAUUCCAGGCAUUGGCUAUAAAGACCCAUUGAUUAACACAAAAUGAGCUGCUUCCAUUUAAUCACAAUCUCAUAUCAGAUCUGGGUGUUGACAGCAGUACGCUGGAAAACCAAUGCAUUUCAAACAUGUUGGUACCUGGCUGUAAUAAAACACACUGGACUAUUGGAAGUACUUGAGGUUGAGGGUUGGGGACCACUGGUAUAUUUUGUAGCCUUCUUAAAUCCUGCAGAAAACUCGGGUUUCGUUGUUUCCCUAUCCGAGAGAUGAUACUGCACUGUGUAUCUCUGAUAAACACAUAUUCCAACCAGGUUCCUGGUUACUGGGUAGAAUGGAAUAAUGACUUUUUUUUGUUUUACAGACAAGAACAAACAAAGGUAAAUCAAAUAGAUCUUCUAAUUUUCGUUAUUUUUUUAUUGUGGCUAAAUUACCCUUUUUAAAGGUGGUGUGUUUAUUCUGAUUGGCUUUUAACUGAAUAUUGUGAAUUACCUAUUUUAAGGAACUUUUUGUGGUGUGAACUUUUUUUUUAAAUGGCAUUAACACCAUUUGAAUUGUGGUAAACCACACAUUACAAAUGUUAUCUUAAAGAGAAAGUCAAAUCAAAAUUUCCUGUGUAUCGCUAAAGUAAUGAAAAACAAAAAAUAAUUUAAACAGUAGUUGCCAUAUGUUUUUAGAGGAGGGGGUGUGGAAAGGUAACAAUGCCAAAGUACUGAUGCCUACCACGAACAUACAAGCAUAUAAUCAAUACUGAAAUGUCAGAAUGUUCUGUCUCAGUGUAUUCUGUUGAGUUAACUGGACUUGGUGCCAAAACGUCAGGCCCUGUUGCGUUCAGCAGAACCUGCCUGCUCAGUCUUGAAAGUUGAGGGAGUAGAUUUGUGCAUUUCGGUAUCAACAGCCCAGUUUUAUAUAUACAAGUUUUUGUUCAAUGGAAGGUUUUAAAUACGGAGUGGAAGCUGAAAAUGCAGGAAGUUGUUUUCUGUAAGGAGGGUGCGAGUGUUUCACAGGCGUUCAAAUCCACUCCUUAAGCUGCUCCACUCCAGGAUUUUAUUCCAGCAAUGUCCCGAUUUUUUUUUUCCCUGAUUGUUGAGACUGAGACCUGUUAUUUCAAUAUAUAAUAUAAAUGUAUUUAAAAUAAAUGCAUUUUUUUUUUUUUUUUUUAAAGCAAGCAAGCACGAAAUACAUUCAGACUGCAUUGUGUUUAUUAGGAGAAGUUGGAACAGAACCCUGGACAGCUCGUUAAAGGCCCUGGAGGAAUGGAGUUGAGUGUCUGUGGUGUUUUAAGGAUUGCAUUAGUACGUUGGGAGAGGGUGUCAUGAGUUGGACACUAAGCCAGUUUCAGUAGUAGGUUGUAAGAAUGUGAAUAGAAAAGGCAACGCUGGGAUGCAACAACUGUUGUGGCAGUUAAUGCUAAUCUGGAGAACGACUUCAGUAUGGCCGUUUCAAACUUCCAAUCGUCAGGCAUGUUCAUAAAAUGGCUAUUUUGGCUGCACAGAGCAUUUAAUCGCAUUUAAUAUAAUUGCACUUUCUUUAACCAGCACACAUCAAUGAUUUAAUGAACUGCACGUUUUACUCUGAAACAACAGUCAAUAAAAUAAGAAGUGCUAUACAUUUAAAAAUGAUACACCAAAAUACCACAAUACUGUUGGUUUAGGCAAUGCUAAAGUUCGGUGCCUAUUAAAAUAUAUAUAUAUAUAUAUAUAUACACACACAGUAUUAGCUUAAAUGUGUAUCAGAGCCCGUCUACACUAUUUACAAAGACAGAUGCCAAGUUUGCGGUAGAUUUGUUGCCAUGUCACAUCUGCCAAGACAGUGUACAGGAGUUCCCUUGCUGGCACUGCCAGUCUGAGUGAUGCCACUAGGUGUAGCCCCAAUUCCACUGCCCAGCCACCUCGUGCCAAAUUUAAAUGCACAUCCUUCUAGGCGUCUCUUUUUUUGCUUCUGCAUGUUAUGUGUGAGAAAACCGUACCACCUAAGUGAUUAGCACUAAAACACUCUGUUCUUAGCCGAGUUGUCUCCAGCACUUACUGUGUCAUUACACUGUACUUGUAAUAACAAGCAUGGGGCGAAACACAUGUCUGUUCUCAGCUCUUGUAUCUUUAGAAACACUAAAACGCGCCCUUCUUGGCUCUUCAGCACUGAUUCACAACGUUUAAAUAAUGAUCUCUGAUCUAAAGCACUAUUUUAAGCUCUGCACUUUAGUAAGCUCUAAAUAAAACUCCAUUCUUGGCUGCCAGCAUUGCUUCUGUCGUACAUUUUUAUUAGCAAUAAAACGCUACUGCUGGUUUGCUCUGCUUUUGAAUGAACAGCACAAAUGAAGAAUUGCCAUUAAUACACUUGCAAGCUUGCAGUGCACCCGUGUGUGUUUAGAAGAACUGGUUUAAUGAUGUAGAUUCAGAUAUUCCGAUAGAUAGAUAGCAAGAUCAAUGCAUGAGACAGACAGGUAUCUUAUCUAUCUAUCUGUCUGUCUGUAGAUAGAUAGAUAGAUAGAUAGAUGGCUUCGGAUAACCAGGAUUCGCGUUUACACGCAUGAUUACAGGAAAGGACAGUAUUGUUUGCCAAAGAGUUGCCAAGCCAUGUCGGUUCUGCAAAAUAGCAGCAAGUUGCAGGGGCACGUUCCUCUACAAAUCUUUGCUCCAACUUAUAUUUGUACAAUUAUAUUAAUUAUUGAGUGUUAAAGCCAAACAUGUGAUUAUAUAUAUAUAUAUAUAUAUAUAUAUAUAUAUAUAUAUAUAUAUAUAUAUAUAUCUAUAUCUAUAUAUAUCUAUAUCUAUAUAUAUAUAUAUAUAUCUAUCUAUAUGAAUGAAUGAAUGAAUGAUAUGUGAAUAUCUGGCCAUACCCUUCAUGAGGGUAGCACAUCUCAUUUCAAGAAGUUAAAGUUUGGAAAUAAUGACUGUAGGCAGUACUGAGCACUAAUGCUUAAACUUGUGAUGUUUGUUUUGCAUUUAAUGCAGAGCAAACCCUAAAAAGACCCUAAGUGCAGGAUAGCUAGACGUUACUAUUUUCUCAGUCAAGCUGAGUUCUGUCUAAACUGCGCAAAGGAAAGUUUCCUGUCCACAAAUGGCCAUAUAGGAGUAGAUCAAGACAUGUAUAAAAUGAGUAUUGGUUGAAGUGGUGGUCGGGAGAUUCUUGAUGGUGUGUACCAGCACUAUGAUCGAUACAAUACUGACAGCACAUAUAUAUACACAAGCACAUCUCCACCUCUUGCACAGUCAUUCUGAGUAUAUGUUCUUGCACUCGUGCAGUUGUUUUCCUAACUAAAUUCAACUAUUGUAAUAUGAUUUUUAGCUAAAAACGUGUUUUGUGGUAGGUGGCGUACGAACGCUAGAUAUGAAAGAGACCAUGCUAACCAGGUAUGUGCUAUCUAACCAUAAUUACACAUUCCCACAAGCAUGGUACAUUUGCAUGGAGUUUUUAUAUUUUUUCAGAAUGGAUUCUGAAAGCAGUUAAGGUAUGUUACAUGAGCAAGACAGACACUAUAACCAAAAGUUGACACUACUGUCAAAUAUGAAUGUAAAAAGCCCUAUAACAGAUUUCAAAAGAAAGUGAAAUUGCCAUAUAUAUAUAUAUAUAUAUAUAUAUAUAUAUAUAUAUAUAUAUAUAUGUGUGUGUGUGUGUGUGUGUGUGUGUAUGCAUGUAUAUGUAUAUGGUUCACUCAGAGCCAUAAUAAUACUAUACAUAUAAAUGUGACAGUCUGAUUCUAGGAAUGCAGGUCAGAGAAUAUAAACAAAAAAAACAGCAUUAUCUGUCAUGUAACAAAUUGCUUAAUGACUUGACAGUUUAUUAAAUGACAGAUGUAGUUGCAGGCAGUUUAGUGAAAGGACAGUCCGCGCUCAUUCCUAUGUGACUCUCUUUACUGUGGCUUCUCAUCCGGGCUCCACCCCUAUUCCUCCCGCCCCCUCAGUCCAUGCAGGCCCCCUGGUCCCACGAGGUGCAGGCUGUGUGGGUGUACAGUGCUUUCUGGGUGGGUGUUGCUGUGCCCCUGUGGUGUCCCUGCUGUUUUCAGACAGUGACGGACCCUCCUCGAUGAAUAGAGGGACAGGAACUAAAACUGUAUGACAAAAAAAAAACCUUGUAAAUGUGUGGAUUUAAAGUUGGGAACACUUUUGGGGUGGGUGUAUAGGAAAAUGUUUAUAUUGUACAUUUUAGAAUUUAAAAAAAAAAAAAACACAAAAAAAUAAAUACAUUGAAAUAACUGCUUGUAUUGUGAAGAAAUUAAACAAGAAAAAAAAAAUACUUGGUUUCUUAACAUUUAAAAAAAAAAAAAAAAAAAAAAGUAUAAAAGGAAAAAAGAAAAAAGAACCUAAUUAUUGUAUAUGAACAUGUAGUCAGCGCUGGGUUGGGGAGAGACUUGCAGAGUUGUCCAGAGGUCUAACCCAGAGGUGGCUGGCUGCAUACCUGCCAGUCAUUUGCUUUGCUUCGCAAUUCACUUCACUUCUCCACUGUUUUACUUUCUGUUUCUCGUCUGUUCUCUUUCUUUCUCACUGUCUCGGUAUGCCUCUGGUUUUAUUUGCACACGUAUUGUGAUGGUUACACCAUUUUAAAUAUAACUUUCACACUGCUGUUAUUGCUUUCGUCCUUCCUUCAUGGCCCAAUUUCACAUUCUUUUUCUUUUGCCAAUUAUUUUGUUGUUGCCUCCGUGCACCAAAAAAAAAAAAAAAAAAAAAAAAAAAAACGCCACCACAAGACAAAGAAAAUGUAAAAUAAGGCAUAAGAUUUAUUUUUUUGCCAGUAAACAAAAGAAGAAUGUUUUAACUGCCUAUUUCUUGGCGUUGCUCUAGUUUUUUAUUAUUAUUUUAAUUUCCAGUUGAGAGGAAAAAAAUUGAAACAUCUUUCCCCUCACCAGAGAGUGUGGCGGGGGAGUCAGAGUGUGGCACAAAGGUUAAAGUUCAAAGAAGGGGGCCCUGCCAAUCGGAAUUAAGGGCUUGCCAAAACCACCCGGCUCUGUUUUUGAUUUUAAAAUACAGUUCAGAUUCCUCAGCUUAAUGACUGAUUUACUUCAUGCCUCUUGAGGCAGCCGUUUGUUUUCCAUUCAAAUGACCAGUUUGAUAUACUGUUGCUUAAAAUGUACAGUCUGCUACUGUAUAUUGAGAAGGUAUCCUUCUCCUUUUCCGUUUAAAAUCUCAUAGAUGUAAUUGUGUUCUCCCAUUAUAUCCUUCCCCAGUGUGUAAUACGCAUUUAAAAAAUCUUUAGUUCCUGGUGUACCUGUGUACUGACCUGGCCUGCCACAAAGGAUAUGAUGAUUUUUCUUUUUUUUAACCAGGCUUGUGUGACCAUUCUCACUGAAGCAGUUUUAUGAUUCUGAGGCUGGCAGAGAGAUGCAGGGAAUAAUUUAUAAAUAAAUAUAUUUUCAGGUUUCGGAGCCUAAUUUGAGUCUAAUGUCUUGUAUGGGGUAAACAAACCAGUAUUGCAUGUACAUAUUAAAUUAUUUUAAUAAAUAUAUAAAGUUUUAUUUAUGAUUUUAUUCUUUUCUGCUGCUGUCACAGUGGCAAAGACAGAAUUUACUUAAACCCACUUUCCAGUAAGACUGGCCAAACCCAUUUAAACCUAGUCCUUGAGUGUUUCAGAUUUCUAGAAUAUCCCAUCAUUCCCAGUUAGAUCUGCUGCCUGGUUCCCGUUACACAUUGUGCCAUACUGGUCCAGAUUCAGGUUUUAAAAAAUAUACCACGAGUUUGUUUGCUAUGACCAACUUGGAAUGCCACAUCAAUUGCCAUCCCUAAAGCUGAGGCCCCCUGUGCCAGCUGUGUGCCUCCCUCUGACUCCACACCCCACUUCUGCACCAGUGUGGGGGUUCUGCACAGCGUAUUUGUCAGUAUUCUGCGAUUCUCCUGGCUCAACAUGCAUUACAAUUCAUAUAUAACCUGUAUUAAUUGUAUAGAUUGUGAAGUGUCAGAAAGAAAAACAACUUCUUUAGGGUCAUGUAAUAUUUUGUUUGUAAUUAUCCUUUGUAUCAUUUACGAGGGGAUACUGGACAAAAAAUCAACUGUAAUAAAGUAAUUUUAGUACAA